UUUAAUAUCACCCAGGCAACUCUUUAUUAUUAGAAUUUGGAAUAAAGGUUUUAUAGAGUUUAUAAUUUGUAGAUGUCACUAGGAAUCUAACAUCAGUGUAGUAGGAACAUUUUGAAUGCACACAGCAAAGCAGCCUGGUUUUAACAAACACUAUUUAUAGCUACUCAUAUGGGCCUACAGCUAUAAAUAACUUGUCUCCUACUGGGAAGCUAGCAGUAACAAUGUUUUCAACUUGCUUCAGAUUUAUCUGUAAACGUGUGAAACAACAUUCGCUGCCUUCAGUAUCUUGUAGUAACAGUUAUGCUACGGAGGCAACAUUUGAAACUAAGCCUUUCCGCUUGCACAGAUUGGAAUGUGGGCCAUCGAACACUGUGAGUGUUACACGGGAAGAUGCACUGGAUUUAUACAACAAAAUGCAUAUGAUCAGGAGACUGGAGACUGCUGCUGGUAAUUUGUAUAAAGAGAAGCUCAUCAGAGGGUUCUGCCACCUGUAUUCUGGCCAGGAAGCAUGUGCUGUUGGGAUGAAGGCAGCCAUGCGGCCACAAGACUCCAUCAUCUCGGCUUAUCGUGUACAUGGGUGGACAUACCUAAUGGGUGUGGAACCUGUGGGUGUAAUAGCAGAACUUACAGGUCGCCAGUCUGGUUGUGUUCGUGGUAAAGGUGGAUCCAUGCACAUGUAUGCAAAGAACUUCUAUGGUGGGAAUGGUAUUGUAGGGGCUCAGGUUCCACUAGGUGUGGGUGUAGCAUUUGCAGCCAAGUACUCUGGAACUGAUGGUGUCUGCUUGGCACUUUAUGGUGAUGGAGCUGCCAACCAGGGUCAGAUAUUUGAAGUAUACAACAUUGCCAAGCUGUGGGAUAUCCCAUGUAUCUUUGUUUGUGAAAAUAAUGGUUAUGGAAUGGGCACCAGUGCUGAAAGAGGAUCAGCUAGCACAGCUUUCUACACAAGAGGGGAUUACAUUCCUGGCAUCUGGGUAGAUGGAAUGGACAUACUGGCUGUCCGAGAGGCCACACAGUUUGCAAUCAACCAUUGCAUUAGUGGUAAGGGUCCCUUGGUCAUGGAGACAAUGACCUACCGUUAUAGCGGACAUUCCAUGUCUGAUCCUGGCACAAGCUACAGAACAAGGGAAGAAGUUCAGGACGUGAGACAAACUCGAGAUCCCAUUACUUCAUUCAAGGAGAAGAUUCUUACAGCUGGACUUGUGACAGCUGAUGAACUGAAGAAACUGGAAAAUGAUAUUCGAGUAACAAUAGAUGAGGCUGUGAAGAAGGCAAAGACAGAUAAUGAGAUUGGUUUGGAUGAACUCCCUUGCGAUGUCUACUCUGCCCCUCUGGAACCAACUGUCAGAGGCAUCACACCGUGGAACAACUUGGAACAUAAGAGACUUGGACCUGCUGUGAACCUGCAUUAGCAUAAGUUUUUUUAUAAGUAGUUUAUGUUAGAUAAUGCAAUGUUUGGAACAGAAUGAUAAUAAAGGAUUCGCUAUCCUUAUCAAGUAUAAAUCAUACUGAUUUCUGACUCUCCAAAAUAUAUAAUUUGAUUUACUCUAAAAAUUAGGCAUGGAAACAGGAAAGGUACCAGAAUAAUGCAACCACAGACAUCAAUGAUCCACCAUACCUGGCCAAACUAGUUUGAGCAUUAGGAUAUAGGCAGCAGAAGAGGUAAGUAGUAAGAAAAGUAUUACUUAUACAUGAACUAAAAUAUACAGCAGUGUGCCAAGAACCUAAGUAACACAAAUUCUCACGUGGCACCAAGUGACUAUCAACAGCUAACCACUCCAUACAUUUAUCAACAUAUAGAUGGGGGCUCCUAUGAACACUGUUGAGAGUACCACAUCAGACCUGCCAUUCCAGAAAGCAGAAAAGGAAAUCACUGUUCUCAGGUUAUUUAGUGGAGUGGUUUAGUUUACAGCAAUACCAACAGUGAAGGACAUGAUAGUUCACUGCUAGUAAUGAAUGUACCCUGAUUUAUUCUAGAACAUGAGCUGUUAUAGUUCAACACUGAAACUGUAAUAAUACAAUUUAGAACAAAACUUGUAAUUUAGAUUCACUAGUUUCCCAGACUUGCAGCAUCAUCUGAUGUUUCAAGAUGAACACAGCAUUCUGUGAGGUAGGUGGGUCAACUCCCUUCUUUGGGUGGGGGUUCCUACACAGCUGUGCCUUCUUGGAAAGAGCCAGUCCCAAUAAUUUGAAAGGUGAAGACAAGAAGAUAAAACUAUGAAGCCACUCAGUUUUGUCAACAAGGAAAUGUAAAAUUUAAACUGUGACAACUUUUGUGAAGACUUAAAACAAGACCAACUAGAAAACUAAAAUGUAUGCCAUCAGAAGCAUAAGCCAGAAAGUAUAUCAAAUCACACUAUAACUCAUGAGUUAUAUUAAUUUCUCCAUCCUGUUCUGCAUAAUGAAACUGAGGUAUUCUGGAGACAAUUGACACAACAGCUUAUUAACAAAACUAAUACUCAUACUGAUAAAGCUUUAAUAUUCAGUUUUUUAUGUACCAUCGAAGAACUGGGAUAAAUUAAUUAGUAUAGCAAUGGUCUAUGGACUGGACACCCAGGUUUCAGUUUUGAUAGGGGAAAGAGAUUUUUCUCUUCUCCACAGCAUCCAGACCAGCUCUGGAGGCCAACCAGCCUUCUCUAAGAUGGGUGCCAGGGGCAUUUUCCCAGAUGAUAAAGUGACUUGGACAUGAUGCUGACUAUUCGCUUCCAUCUAGUUCCAAGGUCAAGAAUGGCAGAGCUAUACCUCCACUCCCCUACAUGUCUCCAUGGGAUGGUGAAAAAGGUA